GCUGUGUUCCUGGCCACAAUUUAUCUCUGAGCGUUGUGUGGGCUCAAUCGAGCCAAGUGGGAAGGAAUGUAAAUGAGUCGUUUCGAGGCUCACCCAUGCGCGCUUGGGAGACUAUCAAGAGCACACACACACCAGAUGAAGCAGCUUGGCAUGACACUGUUCAGGAAAUGCUUCAGGCGAUCCAAGAGAAGCAGAGCUCAGAGGAUCUGACCACGUCCUUGUCGCCUUUAGAGGCCUUAACUCAGUUAGUGCAAUCAGGGUUCUCUAAUGUUGAUUCCAUGCCUCUUACCAAGGUGGUCAUGGCAAGGCAGACGGCACUCACACUGGAAGACGCCGUUGAUCCUUUCUUACUGCUGGAGCUUAUGAAGCACAAGGAUCCAAGUGCUUAUCAGUUCUGUAUUCAAGUCCCCAGUGGCAAAGCAUUCAUGGGGAGCACGCCAGAACGUCUUUUUGUGAGGGAGAACCUUGCCUGCACAAGUGAAGCAGUUGCAGCAACAAGAGCUGUCACUGGCAAUGACAAAGAAGACCUGGAGUUAGCGUUGGAGUUUCUCUUCAGUCAGAAGGAUCAUAAUGAGUUCGCAAUCGUCAGAGAGACUGUACGCUCCAGCAUGGAGAGAGUGUGUAAAUCUGUUAGUGUGGAGGAACACAAGAAAGUUUUGAAGCAGGAAUGGGUUCAACAUCUUUAUGGACGAUUGAAUGGCACACUCCAUGACAAACAAGGAGAGUUCAAACUUCUGAUGGAGCUUCAUCCUACUGCAGCUGUUUGUGGCCAUCCUAAACAUGUGGCUUUUCAAUCAAUCCAAGAGAGCGAACCAUUUGACAGGGGGAUGUUUGCAGGCCCAGUAGGGUACUUCGGAGGUUACCGGACAGAAUUUGCAGUGGGAAUACGGUCAGCCCUUAUUGUCAAUGGCCUGGUAACCACAUUGGAUGAGAGCAAUCAAUCCACAUAUGAGUUGCAGGACAUUAGUCAAGCCCAGGAAACUGCUGAACAUGAUGAUCACUCUGUCAAUUCGGCCAAAAUUGCCUCAAACGCCUCACAAGAACCACAAGCUUCUGUGGCGGAUGGCAGCACCAGCAAAGACAAGGGGAAUCAAGCAAUUUUGUAUGCUGGCGUAGGAGUGGUGCAAGGUUCUGAUGCCGCCUCUGAAUGGAAAGAACUUGAUCUCAAGAUUAGCCAGUUUCAAGCUUUGCUUGCCCCAGUGAGACCCUUGGAAGACAGUGUGAAUGUGAAUGAGCUGUGGGCGCGGAUGAUCAUUGAAGAAUGUGUCCGUUUGGGGAUUACGUACUUUUGCAUUUCUCCUGGUUCAAGGUCAACACCAUUGGCAGCUGCUGCUAUAUCUCAUCCUCAUGUGAACUCAAUCAUUUGUAUUGACGAGAGAUCGUUGGCAUUCCAUGCAAUCGGCUAUGGACGCGCAAGGAACAUUCCAGCAGUGGUCAUAGUGACUUCAGGAACUGCUGUUGCCAAUCUAUAUCCUGCUGUAGGUCCUAGACGUUGGGGAACCUCCUCCUCCGAUAGCCACCAGCCGAUUGUUUUCUUCCAGUUAAUCUUCAUUUCUGAUGUCAGUCUGAACGCUUCCAUUGCUCUUACUAACACGCUGAACGACGAAUUUGAAGCUCUUAUGAGGACCGUGAGAUCGUCUGCAAACAUUAUUACCGUCGGGAACUAUAAGUGGUAAGAGAAAAGGCUUCCCCAACGUGUUUGAGUUUUGCUUCCUUCUUGAUUGUUUCUAUAAUCCAUUUUCUCUUCUCUGCCGGCAUGAGAUCUGCUCCGUUGCAAGUAAAAUUGAAAACCACUC